AUGGUUAAGGUAUUGUCUUCUUCUUCUUCUUCUUCUUGGCUCUUCUCAGCAAUCUAUGCUAGUAACGCCCUCUCUAAUAGAAUGGAUCUGUGGGAUAACCUUGUUAAUAUUGCCAAGAACUAUAAUGGUAAAUGGUUUAUUGGUGGUGACUUUAAUGAAGUGUUACAAGCUAGGGAUAAAUCUGGUGGAAACGGCAUAAACAACAAAAGGGUUAAUUUAUUUUGGAAUUGUCUGAACCAAUGUAAUCUUGUUGACCUAGGAGAAGUGUUUGAUAACUGCUACAUGCCUCCUGAGAUGAACUCUACUCUCUUAUGCUCGAUCCCCAAAUGUACCAAUGGCAUAAUGAUGAAAAAUUUCAGACCAAUAGGACUCUGCAACACAGCGUGCAAAUUGGUUACAAAAAUCAUUGUUAACAGGAUCAAACCCUCUCUCCCUGAGAUCAUAAGACCUAAUCAAUCCAGCUUCCUAAGUAACAGAAGGGCAUCAGACAAUGCCAUUGUUCAAGAAUACAUCUCCCACUUUAAAAAGAUGAAAGGAAAAAACCCCAACAUGAUCCUCAAAAUCGACCUAGAAAAAGCUUUUGACAGUCCAUCAAGAGGGAUCAGACAUGGUGACCCCAUGUCACCUUAUCUCUUCAUUCUCUGCAUGGAAAGACCCUCUAGAGCCAUUGAUAAAGAUGUUGACUCUAAGAUAUGGUAUCCAUCAAAAUAA